AUGACUACCACUACAACACCAACGUUCCACCCAUUUCCACGCCUAUCCCUCGAGCUCCGCACUGCUAUUUGGGAAUUGAUCGUCGAGCCACGUAUCGUUGAAGUACGUGUGGUCACCAGGUAUCCAAAGCCUGCCAAGACCGAGUUGUCCAACGCAGAUGCAGAAAAGUGGUCACUCAAUCGGCCAUUGCGGCACCUGCGCUCAUCUACCGCAGCCCCAGUCCAGCUACAAGUUUGCCGUGAGGCUCGAGAGUACUUGACUACGCACCCUAAAGCUAGAUGUCUGUGCAGUAGAGCCUUUUCCGAGCCCGCUCAAAAAACAUACGACGGCUCCGACAUCAUGCUCGGGCACGACCUUGAGCUGGAGCGCUACGUCUGGCUCAACCUUGACCUUGACGUGGUCUCCAUUGGAGAUACAGACGUGCAUGAACUCGAGGCUGUAGGAUACCAAAUCAAGCGGCUGCGACUUGAGCGACUGCUUGACGACGAGUACUUUGCCUGGUCGGAGGUGCAAUCGAUUAGCAAAGUGUUUCGAAAUCUUCGUGAGAUCCAGAUGGUCUGCAGCGGGGGUAUAAGGGACGGUUACAGAAGGACCGAAGAUGACGAUUAUGCUGGGUUGGUACCGGAGAACGUGUACUUUCUCGAUCCAGAACAUUUGGGCGGGUCGAUGAUGAAAAGCGUCAACCUGGACGCUACGGUGACCAAAGAGUACCUGUCAGAAAAUGCCUUAGAAGACCUUGAGGGAUGUAUACCGACUGAGCUAUGGGAAGAGCUGAUGAUGCAGCAAACGGCAAGGGAGCAAGGACAAUAA